CCCGAGGUUUCCCGAUGGCAAAGAGUGGAUCAGCCGAUCAUCACCACUCCGGAAAGAAUAGAGUCGGACAUUACGAACGAAAGGAUGAAGUUUCGGGGGGCGAUCACAGACAGUGUCAGAGGACUCCAAGUCUUCUUGAGAGCUGUCCAUAUGACAUCAAAAGUUGCCAAACAUGUCGACCUUCAACUCACGGAAGACUCCAUGAAUCUGAUGGUGAUCGAACCAGCCAACAAGGGGGGACUGCGAGUGAAAAUAUCGAUAGACAAGGAGGAGCUGUUCACUGACUACAUCAUGUCAGGGGUGUCUGAAGAGCUGAACGAAAUCCAUCUCGAGGUUCCAAUAUCGGUCCUCCUCGAAGUACUGAAGCACGCAUCUUCCGCCCACAGCUUCAAGAUUAAAUUGUCCAAGAAGAGCACACCGGUACUCGUCGCCUUGGCGGAACUGCCGUCCGCCAUGAGUGCACAGAGAUGUGUUUCCCACGAUAUACCUGUUCGAGUUAUCCCGGUGGCCGAUUGGACGAGAAUCGAAGAACGAGAAGAGAUGGAUGCCAAGAUUCGAUCGUAUCAGGUGAAUCAUUUCCGUUCCUUCAUCGAACGUAUAAAAACCAUUUCAAAUAUAUGCUCGUUCCGAGUUACUAAAGACUCCGAUGGAGAUCUCGAGCUGAAAGUCUCAGCGGAAAUCCCUCAGCAAGUUCGGAUCGUGACGACAUUCAAAGACUUACAAUACCCGCGAGAGUGCGGUCCCGCUGAGAUCAAUCUAGACAUCCGGAAAGUGUCCUCUCUUCUUGCUGGACUCCAUAUCCUCCCAACAUGCCUCGAAAUUCACAUCGUGAACAAGGAUUUCGCCAACAUAGUUCUGGAUUUCGAUGAUAUGCGAGCUAUUCUAGUUCUACCGGCCGUACACUCUUAAUUGGGAGGAGGAAGUCUAGAAUGGCACGCAUCAUUCCGCGUUAGCGCUGUGGACAUGGUCUUCUUAUCAUGCGCCAAGUCGGAACGUCUGCUUGGAGAGACUUUGUCAAUGGCCCCGAGAAAUACAGCGCGUGACCUGGU